AUGCCAUCGCCAGCAGUCACCCUGUCGGCAGCCCAGGCAGCUGAUCUAGUUAAUGGAGUCGCUACGGCGUCUAGCAAAGCUGCAGCCCUGCACGCGGUAGCGGCGGCAGGCAUCGGAAUCGAUUCAGCUGACGGCUCAUGCUUCACUGCUUUGCACCACGCAGCAUCCAGGGGCGAUGUAGCCUGCAUCAAUGCCCUGGUGGCCGCUGGAGCUGCCGUCAAUGCUGCCAACAGCUUGGGGCAGACUCCACUACUGCUGGCAGCAGGGCAGGGGCAUGGAGAAUGCAUGGCAACCCUGGUAGCUGCAGGCGCCAACAUUGCGGCAACGGCCCAGGACGGCAGCACAGCUUUGCACGCAGCAGCCAGCUAUGGUCAUGCAGGCUGCGUGGCGGCUUUGCUAGCAGGUGGAGUGCCGAGUGUGCUUCCAAGAGGGAGCAGAGCUUCUGGCGCUCAUCCCGUGUGGGCACCGAGCCGCCUGCAUCGAGUGCACGGGCCUGCUGUUGGCUCAGCAGCACUCUCGAAAGUGUCCCAUAUGCCGAGCGCAGGUGAGCAACAGGCAGCACCCAGGUAUUCCACACAAAAUCAGGGGCCUGUAUCUGGUGCAUUCACCACCGUUUAG